AUGGCAAAUGAGACUUUUCGAAUUACUCCUACUGGUACUUGCAGGAUUCCAUUUAGUUUUAUGGGGAGCUAGCAAUAAGAAAUAAAUUUAGAAGUUAUAAAAGAGAAACCAACAAGGGAACAAACUCAAAGAGAUUUUGUAGGUUAGACCUUGUCUCCCAAUGCCUCUACAAUAAAGAGAAGUUAUAAUAAUGAAACAGAUAUCGAAUUAUAAAAUAACCCAUUUUAUAUGACUCCUGUGGAUUAUGACUGUUCUAAUUGGAUCUAUAAGACUCCACAAUAAUCGAAUAAAUAGGUUCCCAAGUGUAAUCCACGAAUUCAAUAAAAAAAUAGAACAAACUUACAAAGAUAAUAGGAUUCAUUGCAUGAACAAAGUACAUCAGUCAAAAAAAUAACUACUUAAGAGUUUUCAGAAGUACAGGUAAAAGUGUUUGAGGAGAAGCAAUGCAAAUUUUGCAAUGAAUAAGAUUGGUCUGUGCAUUUGAUCAGACCAUGUUUAUGUAAGGGAGGGUAGUAGUAUGCUCAUCAAAAAUGUGUGUAGAAUGAAAUUGAAGCUAAUUAUAUGGAUUUCAACAGGAGAUAAUUUAUCAAAAGAUUGCAGUGUGAUUUCUGUAGAUUCUAAUAUGUAAUUAAAACAUACAAAGAAUACAGUGUAAUGAAAUCCUUAAAAGACCCAUUGAAAUUCAAUAAACUAUUUUGGUUAAUGUCAUCAGGUGUUAUUUUGGCUAGUUUAAUUGUGGCGACAAUAAUACUAAUUUCAUUAAAUGUUGGAUCAAUGAGACAAUAGAUUGAAUCACUCAUUCUCACAAUAGUGGGAUGUUUGACUUGUGUAUUAUUGGUCAUAAUUUUGAUAUUCAACAUUUUCGAACUGAUUGUCAUAUUCGAAUGGAAAGUAAUGGAUAAGGAUCAUCAAAAUAUCGAAGAUCAUGGAUUAAGAAUGAGCUAAGAUGAACUUAAUUUAAUGUUGGAAUUGGCAAGAUAAAAGUUGGAUAAACAAAUAUCUUAAGUCUAUCCACAAUAACAAAGCUAAAUUCCUUAUUGA